AUGAGCUCACAGCCAUCACACACGACGGUGGCCGAGGCCGUCAAGCAAGGCAACCCCAGCAACGAAAUCUCAGACGCUGAGCGUCUGAAGGAACUCUCAGCCCACUGGAACUCCCUAAAGGACCCGCGUCCGAAACCAGGGGGGUACCAUCGCGGGAUCUACAUCCCACCCAAUGGACCGCCCGGCACUUUCUACAUUGGAUACGGAACCGUCGUCGAGACCGGACUCAAUUCGCAGGGGGGCAUCUACGUUUGGGUGAUGCCCCCGGCAUCGGAAGAAUGCAAGCGGUCGAAACUCUACCAGUUCAGAAAUCCUCUUAAUAAGGAACGGGAUUGCCUGGAUCCGGAUCAUCGGCCCAUCAUCCCCGCGCAUUACGACAUGAUCGAUUAUGGUUCUCGUUGGUGGCCGCCCGCGGUGCCCCCGCCAAACCUCGAAGAGCUCGAGAAGCGGAUGGGAGCCGUGAGUGUGGGCGACGAGGGUGUUGGGAUCUACCGUUCCUACACACAACAGCACUAUAAAGGAUUGGGCCGUGUUGUACAGGACAGCAAUGUCGAGGGCGAGCCACGGUGGCUUGAAGAGGUGCACGUCAUCCCGAUACCUGGUCGGCAGGGUUCAGGUGACUAUCGGUUCUUCCGCACGUUUAGCGAAGACGAAAUCCCCUACAUGGAACUACCCAGCCCGGUGAAGCUAACCUCGGCCCAGAGGAAACGGUGGCGCCGCAGUAUCCGCAACAGGAAGCCCGGUCACUCCUCAGGGUUCGGGGAGAAAAACAGCGGACCCCGUCCGGGGUUCCCGGAAUUGGGCGCAGAGGCUCGUGGUGCGUACUUGGCACCAGACGGGCAGUGGUAUUCGGGGCGUGGCAAGGCAGUUGCAUUUGGUAUCGGCAAUUAUGCUCGGGAAUAUACCUUGGUGGAGCCUAUACCGGGGAAGGAAGGAGGUGAGUAUGACUUCUUUCAUCCUGUGACGAAAGAGUACAUGCCCAAAUUCCCGGAUUUCCCAACAGCAGCACAUAUAUAUCCUUGGCGUGAACAUUUCAAAAGGCCCCUGAGCGAGCUUGUUCCGGGGCUUGAGGACGCGUUUGUUGAAGGGGAGGGGGAAGCCCGCAGAUAG